AUGGAAGUUGUGGGCUGCAAGACAGAGGCAGGCAGUUGCACGUUGCGUCCAGGACCGGGAGCCAUGCUUUUCCACGGGAUCUCCGGGGAUCACAUCCAAGGCAUCAUGGAGGAGAUGGAGAGAAGGUCGAAAACGGAGUCGCGCCUGGCGAAGGGCAUGCAACUCAACGGGAGAGAGUCGACCAUGCCUUCUAUGAGCCCGGAGAAGCCUGCUCUGUGCGCCGGCUGUGGCGGCAAGAUUUCGGAUAGAUACUACCUCCUGGCCGUGGACAAACAGUGGCACCUGCGGUGUCUCAAAUGCUGUGAAUGUAAACUAGCGCUGGAGUCGGAGCUAACGUGUUUUGCCAAGGAUGGGAGUAUCUAUUGCAAAGAGGAUUACUACAGAAGGUUCUCCGUGCAGAGGUGCGCGCGCUGCCACCUCGGGAUAUCGGCCUCGGAGAUGGUGAUGCGAGCUCGCGACUCCGUGUACCACCUGAGCUGCUUCACGUGCACCACUUGCAACAAGACGCUGACCACGGGCGACCACUUCGGCAUGAAGGACAGCCUGGUGUACUGCCGGCUCCACUUCGAGACGCUGGUGCAGGGACCGGAAUACCACCCCCAGCUCAACUUUGCCGAGCUGGCAGCCAAGGGCGGCGGCCUCACCCUACCUUAUUUCAACGGCACCGGUACGGCACAGAAGGGAAGGCCGCGCAAGAGGAAGAGCCCGGCGAUGGGGAUAGAUAUACCCAGCUACAACACAGGCUGUAACGAGAAUGACACCGAUCACUUGGACCGGGACCAGCAGGCCUACCCUCCAACACAGAAGACCAAACGCAUGCGGACCUCCUUCAAACACCAUCAGCUGCGGACAAUGAAAUCCUACUUUGCCAUCAACCACAACCCCGAUGCCAAGGACUUAAAGCAGCUGGCCCAGAAAACGGGCCUCACUAAGAGAGUUCUACAGGUUUGGUUCCAAAACGCAAGAGCCAAAUUCAGAAGGAACGUUUUGCGACAGGAGAAUGGAGGUGUUGAUAAGGCUGAUGGCACCUCACUCCCUCCACCCUCAUCCGACAGUGGGGCCCUGACCCCCCCCUCCAGCGCGGCCACACUAACAGACCUGACAAACCCCUCUAUCACUGUAGUGACCUCCGUCACCUCUAGUUUGGACAGCCAUGAUUCGGGGAGCCCUUCGCAAACUACCUUGACAAACCUUUUCUAACAAGCUAUCUCUAGCAGACUGAUUUUUUUUUUAUUUUAUCUGAUUUUUAUUUGUUUUGUUUUGUUUUUAUUUUUAUUUUUAUUUUUAUUUUAAUUUUAUUUUAUUUCCUCAAUUUACAUUUUAUUUUUUUAAGUGACACCUUUAAAUCAACCAGAGACAGCUCCUUGGAACAGAAAGUGCUGUACUGUGUACACAAACAAGAACAACAAGAGCAAGAACAGCAGCGACCACAUUAAAACACAAGGAAAUCAUUUUAAUGUGUAGCAUUUGAAACCGCAUGGCAGCCGUGUCUGUAGUUGACUUACAGUAUGCAGAAACUGAUUUUGGACAGGACAUUUUGAA